AUGUGGGGUGUUUGGGGAUUGAGGAGGGGGAAGAAAAGGGUGGAGAGUGUGGGUGGGUGGAGAGAUAAUGUAGGGGGGGGGGGAGGGGGGGAAAGGGGAUUUAUAGAGGGGGGGGGGGGGGGGGGAGAUAUUGGUUUGGGUUGUUGGGUUGUGGGUGUUUGGGUGUGUUGUGUGGUGUGGUUGGGUGGGUGGGUGGUGGGGUGGGGGGGGGGGGGGGGUGGGGUUGUGGGGGGGGGUUGGGGGGGGGGGGUGGGUGGGGGGGGGGGGUUUUGGUUUGGUGGGUUGUAUAUAUAUGGUUUUUGGUGUUGGGUGGGGGGGGGGGGGUGGGGUGUGGGUGUGGCUGGGAUCGUCUCCUCGUCCUCUGAGGACAAACUGUUGAUUGCUCUGGAGCCAGAGGCUGCUUCAGUUUGGUGCAAACAGCUUCCAGCCAAAGGCUUCAUCAGAGACGGACAGGAGCGAGUGCAGCUGCAGGAGGGCGAGCAGUACGUGGUCCUGGACUGUGGAGGAGGAACCAUCGACAUUACAGUUCAUGAAGUCCUUGAAGGGGGAGCCCUUAAAGAGCUGCACAAAGCAUCAGGAAACAACAAAGGAGGACGAAGAGUGAACAAGAGGUUUAACCAGUGUCUGAGAGAGUUCUUCUGUGGCGGUCUGUGGGAAGACUACGAGAGAGAGUUUCCCAAAGAGGCUCAGACGUUUGUGGAGGAUUUAAUUUACCAUGCGGCCCCACAGAGCCGUGUUUAUAAGACCCACAUCGACAGAAGUUUAAGGCAAAAGUUAAAAAGGAUCGAAAAGUCUCAGGAAGAGGGCGACUCUCUGUUCAAACCCAUGGAAGGUGUGGAGCUGGAGGGGGACAAACUGAGCGUCUCAGAGAAGAAGAUGGAGUCUUUCUUCCAUGAGAGUCUGGUCCACAUCACUGACAGUCUGUGCGAGAUCCUGGACUCACAUUCUCAGAUACAGUACAUUCUGUUAGUGGGAGGUUUCUCUCAGAGCAGGAUCCUCUGUGACCAUGUGCGCCAACAGUUCAGUGACCGGGCCAGAGUGCUGUGCCCUAAGAACCCUCAGGAGGCCAUUCUGAAGGGAGCUGUGGUGUUCGCACGAGACCAGGCGGUCAUCCGCUCUCGCAAGAGCGCAUUCACGUACGGCUACAUCAAGAUGCGCAGGUUUGAUCCAAGAAUACAUAAACCAGAGAAGAAGUUGACCAACGCCGACGGGGACUGGUGUGACGACCUGUUUGGAAAACUAGUGGAAAUAGGUGAAGAUGUGGGAUGGAACCAAAGUGUAGAAUACAUAUUAAAGCCAAUCACAGAAAAUCAAACAGUCAUGGAUUUUGAGUUCUACCGCACUGAGAGGAAGUCUGUGACAUACGUGGAUGAGUGGGGGGUGGAGGGUCCUGUGGCCUGCUGUACUGUGGCCAUGCCAGACACCAGCAAAGGCAUGGAUCGGUCGGUCAAACUGGAGGUGUUCUUUGGCUCCACUGAGAUCAGAGCAAAGGCCACAGACCUGGAGUCGAACUGCACUGCUUCUGUCAAAAUAGACUUCAUCGGGAAAUGA